AGCUAGGCGGCUUCUGUCCUAGUGUCAACAUGAUCAAGCAUGUUUGGUGCCACCCGAGAAGGAACUGAGGUUUUACCGCAAAAAGAAACUUUUGGCUAUUGAUUUUUCAAGAACCCAUCUACACCUGUGGGAUACAAAACUUGAGGAUUUGUUAUGGAUUUGUUGACACUUAUGGCACAGUGAAACUGCACAAAGAAGCUCAGAAGAAUGCAACACGGUUUUGCGAAAUCAAAACCAUUGGGAAUCUGAAAAGAAACAAAGGCUUUGGGAUUCGUGAAACAGUUUCAUUAUGUUGCACGUGGAUUUCAGAACUCUGAUUCUGCCUAUUGGCAUUGUUCGGAUGGUGGAGGUGGUUCUAACAUGCAUGUGCUUUGCAUUGGCGGCAUCAGCGGGGAUCCCGGUCUCCGCCACGUCACAUUGGGCUUGGUGCAUGUUCUGCUGGUGCUUCUGCUGUUUCACAACCCUCCUCAUCAUCAUUUUGGAGUUUACCAACCUGAACACCAAAGUGUUCAUUUCAUGGGAGGACUUCACUAUGGCUUUUGCUAUGUUAGCCACACUUAUGAUGGUCACCAUUGCAAUUAUCUACCCCACGUUCUUCACCUGCUCUACCUGCUCCAGGCAGAUCGGGGCAUCUGCGGUGUCCUGGUUGUGUUUCGGGUUGUAUGCAGUAGAGGUCUGGUUGGUCCACAAAAGACCUGGUGAAACCAGUGGCUUUCUCACCACCAUUCCUGGUCUCCUCAAGAUCCUGGAGACAUUCGUCGCCUGCAUCAUAUUCAUGUCUUUGAGUCCCACCGAAUAUAGGAAGUUUCCAGGAAUGCAGUGGUGCGUGGCCGUCUACUCCAUAUGCUUCAUUUUUUCGCUGCUCAUUAUUUGCCUCACCAUCGCCAAGCUGCCUUCCAUCUUGCCAUUUUCUUUUGACAAAGCCGUCAUUGGCUUCAACAUUGGGGCCGUGGCUAUGUACACAACCACUGUUGUUAUCUGGCCGCUAUAUGCGUUUGAAAGAAACCCACGCCCAGACAUCUGUAACCACUGUUCGUGGGAUGAUCUGGUGGUGGUGACCUUCAUGACUGUCAUUAACUUCUUGGUAUACAUUGGAGAUAUGGCCUACUCUGUUAAAAUAGUAUUUUUUACUCAUACUGAGCACAAUUACGAAAAUUAACCAUGGUUUUACUACAAAUAAUAAACCAUUAAACCAUGGUUACUAUAGGCUACUUAAACCAUGGUAUCUACAAAUUAACCAUAUUCUAACCAUAGUUUAAUCAUGUGGUAAUCAAUACGCCAAAAACCACUACACUUUUACUAUAAUAAAACCAUGGUUAAUUUUUAUAAGAGUAUGUUAUUUCUUUGGCUUAGCAUGAAAAGAUAAUCUAUAUACAUGUUUAAGGAUGUUAUUGGAUGUGGGGAAAACAUUUCGUCUCACACGAAAUACCAACGAGUUAUUGAUAUGACCGGAUUUCGCCAAGCAAAGGUAAAUGUGGCCGCACCCUAAUUAGUCCGUCACAUUACGUAGAAGGUUUAUUACAGAUGAGUUAUAAAUUCCCAGGAAGUCUCAUAUGGUUAAUAUUUACUCAGAGUAAGUUUCAUGGGUAAUUAUGAAGCAUUAACCUACAAAGCCUCCUAGAGUAAGGUAUCGAUUUAUAUCACUCCACAAUAAUGUCUUGUCUAUAACUUUGUACAGUGAUUUUUAUUUUUGUUACCAAUGUUAUUUUUGUCUAUUGUUGUACAUUCUCGCAAAAAGCUGAAAGAAAGUUGUGUGAUGUGAGAAAUGUUUAGAUAAAUCCAAGCCUAAGCAUUGUCACAAAAAAUGAAGAAAUUGUUGGUUUACAACUACUGAGUUAAUCUGAAAAGAUAAUACGAUAAUUCAAAGUAAAUUUUUUUACAAUGUGUAUGUUUUGUUAUUAAUUAACAUUAAUAUUCAAACAACAUUGAUAAAGGUUUUUUUAAUUUUGGGCAUUUUAACUUUUGUUGACAAAUCUGAAUGAAACUAAAGAUGAUCUAAUAAUUAGGAAACAUUCUUUGCAAUAAUUAAUUCUCCAAACAUAAAAGCAGAACAGGACAAAGAAAAUCUAAAUAAAAUAAUUUUAUUAAAAAAAUAGUUGCUUUUUCAUCUUACAUGUCAUCCAUUUGUUUGCCAUACAUUUUUGUAAUAUGAUAGAUAAGUGUUUUUGUACAUGUGGACACAGGUAAAACCAGUAUGGUAAAAGUAAAACCACCAUGGAAGAGAGUCCAAUAAAAAAGUACAAUUAAAAAAU